AUGUUCGCAGUGAUUUUUACGCAGCUGUCGAAACGAGAUGACAGUUCUUUCGGCUACGACAUCACCGUUGUUGUGGUUCUCAUAGAAUUGGGGAAAUUGAUUGCAGCCCUGGCUCUUUGUUUCAAACUAUAUGACGUAAAUAUGGAAACAUUGGUCGCGACGCUGACGAGUGAAAAUGGGCGCACGACAGCGGCAUUGUACUUGAUCCCAGCUGGUCUGUACGUCUUGUACAACAACUUGACUUUCAUCAACAUGUUGUCGUUUGACGCUGUGACCUACACAGUGUUGUCGCAGUGCAGAAUCAUCCUAACCGGGAUUGUUUUCCAGAUAUUUUUCAAGCGUAAGUUGACGAGGAUGCAGUGGUUUUCCUUGUUUCUCCUGACCGUGGGUUGCGUGGUGAAAGACGUUGGGGCAACAGCGAGCAAAAGGUCAGCUGAUGGAGUCGGGGAUCAGGAAGCCCUCAUGGGUUAUCUUUGGGGAGCCAUACAGGCCGCUUUGAGGCCCGAAUUGGCCGUCUUGCUGCUGCAGCAAGUGGCAUCUAGCUGCGCCGGAGUGUACAAUGAAGUCCUGCUGAAGCAACGCAGCUGCGACAUCCCGUUGAUGAUGCAGAACGUGUACAUGUGUUUCAACUCCAUUCUUUUCAACUUGGUGGCGCUAGGAGUCAUGGGCAAGCUCGGCUCACUCCCAUCUCUAAUAGUUGAGGUAGCUUCACAGCCAGUGGUGAUGCUGGUGGUGGCCUGUGGCACCUGCUAUGGACUCAUCGCCAGUGUGCUCCUCAAAGAGCUCAACUCCAUUUUGAAAACAUACGCAGCAGCAGUGGAGAUCUUUUUGUGUGGCAUAGCGUCCCACUUGAUCCUCGGCACUGUCAUUGACGAUGCUGGAGGCAAUGACCAGGAGCAGCAGCAACAGAGCUACGACAACAAGCGAAGUCUCUUGUUUCCGUCGGGACUGAAGACAGAAUGUUGA